CUCUCAUCAGUCACAUGUGGGGUGCUAGGCUCUCCGAGACCAGCACAAUGGGGGCGCCUCCGACUGGACGGAGGGGUGGAAGUAACGAACAGAUGCAAAACAGACCGAGGGGAGGAGUGAAGGCUGGCACGACGGAAGGGAGAGCAGGGAGGAGAGAAGAUUUUUUUCUAAGUUCUUCAGGGUCCCCUCGAUUCCUGAGAGAGCAGGGACAAGGCGGGCCAGACUCUGAUCAGCAGUGAAGAUCCGAAUCAAAAUGAGCACACGUCUGGAAAUUGUACUUCUGCUGUCCAUCCUGCUUCCCCUCUGCCUCUCCCGUCCCCCGGACCCUUUGGGCUGGCUGUUUCACCGGCACAGACAGGAACAGUAUUUUGGCUCCUUGCAUGCAGACACCAGAGGAGGGACCUGUCCUGAUGAGUGUGACUGCCCCCCCUCCUUCCCCAUUGCAAUGUACUGUGAUGGGCGGGGCCUGACAGCCAUGCCUUCCAUCCCAUCCCGCAUCAAGUACCUGUACCUGCAAAACAACGCCAUCACUUCUUUGCCCGACUCAGCUCUGGUCAAUGCAACCAACCUGGUGUGGCUCCUGCUGCAUCACAACCAGCUGACCUCUGAUGCCAUUGGCCAGAAGGUAUUUUUGAAGACGGACGGAUUGGAGCGUUUAUAUUUACAACACAACAAUCUGACAAGCAUCCCUCCCAAUCUUCCUCGCUCCCUACGAGACCUGAGAGUCAACCGCAACAUGAUCGAAAAGGUAACGCCUGCAGAGUUAGAUGGAAUGGAUAACCUCACCAUCCUACAUCUUCAGGACAAUGGUAUCACAGACAUGACCACAUCGCUGAAGACUCUGAAGUCACUCACACUGCUCGACAUCAGUGGCAACAAGCUGACAAAGGUUCCAGAUGCUCUUCCUGAACAUCUGCACCAGUUCUACCUGGAGUCCAACUCCAUCAACUCCCUGCCUGUAGGCUUCCUGGGUGGUUUAGCUCAGCUGCAGUACGUCAGGAUGGCCCACAACCAGCUGACAGACAAGGGCAUCCCCCCCAACACCUUUAACGUGACAGGGCUGGUGGAGCUGGACCUGAGCUACAACAAACUGGAGAGAAUUCCUUCUGUCAGCACCACCCUGCAGCACCUGUAUCUGCAAGCCAAUCAGAUCAAAGAGUUCACUCUGGGAAGCUUCUGCGCCAUCGUGGACGUGACAAACUUCUCCAAACUGAGAACGCUGCGGCUGGAAGGAAAUGAGCUCAGUAUGCAGGACAUCCCUUCAGAAUCGGCCCUGUGCCUGCGUCAGGCUUUCAGCAUCCAGAUUUAACUCGGUAUAGAAUCCGUUUAUGGUGUGACACUGUUCUGUGACACCAUGUGAUGUCUGACUGCAGGGGGCAACAGCAUCACAGCAGUAGGCUAAUGUGAAACAAGUCUUUAGUGUUAAAUAAUAAUGUUGACCAAAAGCAUGGAUUCAAAUUAAAACUAUAAUUACACGUUGUACCCAAAAAGCAGAAUAUGAGCUUGCAAACUACACUUGACAUGAUUGUGACCAUGAUCCUGGCUCCACUUUGCUGCUCGGAUCGGAGAACCUUACAUUAUGUGUGUUUGUUGUUGUUGACAUGUGUCUGUUAUUGUCAUUGUUUAUCCUUCGUCUCAUGUCUAAUGUGAAUUGCAUGAAAGCAAACACAAGUCACCUGCUGCUUUCGAACACUUUAUUAUAACAAAUGCUCCAUGAAAACGUUGUGAUGUCAUCAUUAUUACUAAACAAAGGCUUUUUGCAAGCAUUUGUUUAUUUUUGUCAACAUCUAAAGAAAAUUACUUUCAUAAACUUUUAUUAAAGACGCACAUGGAUCCAUAUGUCAUAUGGGUCAUUCAGAGAUCUAAAUAAUUGAGUUAUUAAACACGUCACAUAGACUUAAGUGUUGAUUGUUUGUGUUGUUUAUAAACAAAAAAUAUGGUACAACAUCCUACUAAGUGUCACAAAGUGUGCUUUGUCAAUAUUAAUAAACUAAUGAUGAACUGAUAA